AUGCGCCUUAUCCGCGAAGCUCGACGCCUUGAAUGCGAUAACCAGCGCCGUGAGUCGCGUCGUCCGAACCUCAAGAGAUGGCUCGAUCUCAGUCACGACGACGAGGAUCAGUGUCCCGAGGACCAAAAGCAACAGAGCGAGAGGAACCACGCGCCCUUCAGUCUCUCUGUUACUCGUCGCGCUGCUCCUGUCUCUCCUUUAGCCCCCAGUCUUAAGAAGUCUCAAUCAGCACUCGCAGUAAAGUGGAGCUCAUACAUUGAGGCCAUUGGUCUCAAGGACAACAGCGGCAAACUCCGUCGCGUCCGAUUCGUGGAAAAAGACGCCGAGGAGCUCGAGCGCCCAGUAUACACUGCCGAAGAGAAGGCCAAUUACCACUACUCGGCUGAGGAACUCGGCGAGAUGGAGGUCCUUGCCAAACAGCUCGUACACCGCGAGUCUCGCUUCGCCGGUCAGCCUGAGGACACCGUCUUGGAGCAAGGUUUCCUCAGCUUGCCUGUGAACGCGCCAUUUUUCCAGAGCAGACGGUACUACUGCCUCUUGCGUGGCCACCGACUCGAAAUGUUCAGCUCAGCCACACACGCAGCGAAGAAUACAGGCAUGAAGACGCAGCUUACUGUGCUUCGAGUUCAGGACUGUCAGACUUUAUCCAUGCAGAAGAAGUUCGCGCUGUUUGGCGCCUCGUUGCCGUCGCAGAUUGGACUCAUGUUUUACGUCAUUAAAGCCAAUGGCGAGCGUGUCAUCUUCACGGCAGACACCAGAAGUUCUAAGCGCAAUUGGGUGCACUCUCUCACUCGACUCAUGUAUGUGGGGGAGGGAGAAUGCCACACUAACACAACUUCAAUCCGGUCUCGCGCGAGCUCGGCUCCGACGACGCCUUGUAUGCUGCCUUCAGAGAAAUAG